ACAUGCACAACUACUGUACAAUACUGUAAUAUUAUAAUUAGGUAAUGGACACAAUUAUACCAUGAAUUUUUGUCUAUAUGGACAAUGUUGCUUGUGCUUGGAAAUUUCUUAUGUAUUCGCUUAAAUUUUUACAUGUAACUGCCUAGCUUAAUGUACGUGUCAUCCAUUAUAUGUGCCUAGCAUGAUAAUCCACAGCAAACUUCACCCCCUCGCAUAACAUGAGACAGAACAGCAUCUUUUAAUUUUUGAUAUUACAAAUUUAUCUGUUAAAUCUCUUUUACUUGUUCAUGCGCGUUAGAAGCGCAUGUGAGUACUUGUGGUACGCAAUAGUAUUUCUAAAUCGUAAACUAUUUCAAUUUUAUGACAAAAGUAAUUCACUGUAGCGAAUAAAACGUUUGUAUACAAACGUUUUCAUGAGAAGAAACGUUUAUCGAAUGCUUCAGAUUUCCAAAGUUCCAACAUAUUUGUUACCAGUUUCGAAUACUUAAGAUUCUAAAUUUUUACUAAUACAGUUACAAUGAAAGCCAAUCAUGUCUGAUGUUGUAGCGAUGGCGAGUUUUUUCUGCGAUUUGGCACCGCAGCUGGGCUGCUGGCUGGCUGCUCGCCAGAUGCACAUAGUGAUGCUGCGUGCUGUGAUGCGUUCUCCAUUGACCUUCUUUGAUACGACUCCUACUGGUCGUAUUAUCUCCAGGUUUGCUAAAGACGUCGACAUACUGGAUACAUCUCUUCCUCAACAAAUUUCUGAUAGCAUCUAUUGCUUGUUCGAGGUCGUAGCAACUUUAGUGGUUAUAAGUUUUAGCACACCAGUAUUUACAGCAGUAAUAGUACCGAUAGGUGCAAUUUAUUACUUUGUCCAACGAUUGUACGUUGCUAGUUCAAGGCAAUUGAAACGUUUGGAAUCUGUUUCAAGAUCUCCCAUAUAUUCGCAUUUCAGUGAAUCAGUGUCUGGAGCACAAAUUAUUAGGGCAUUUGGUGUACAAGACCGGUUUAUUCAUGAAUCUGAAAGCAGAGUAGAUUUUAAUCAAGUCUGUUAUUAUCCUAGCAUAAUUGCCAACAGAUGGCUAGCAGUGCGUUUAGAAAUGGUGGGAAAUUUAAUCAUAUUCUUUUCCGCGUUAUUCGCUGUAUUACAAAGAGAUAGUAUGGAGUCGGGUAUGGUUGGUCUAUCAGUCGGUUAUGCUUUGCAAGUCACUCAAACAUUAAAUUGGUUGGUAAGAAUGACUUCUGACGUUGAAACAAAUAUAGUAGCAGUAGAAAGAAUAAAGGAAUACACGGAAACACCUCAAGAGGCGCCUUGGAAAAAUCCUAAUUACGCGUUAUCUAAAGAAUGGCCUAUCCAAGGACGCGUUGAAUUCAAAGAUUAUAAAGUUCGUUACAGGGAAGGCCUGGAUCUCGUAUUGCGUGGAUUAUCAUUCUCCGUUAAUGGAGGAGAGAAAGUUGGUAUUGUCGGUAGAACCGGUGCCGGCAAGUCUUCUCUGACAUUGGCUUUAUUCAGAAUAAUUGAAGCUGCUGGCGGACAGAUUUCCAUCGACGACAUUGAUAUUGCCAAGUUGGGUCUUCACGAUUUAAGAUCUAGAUUGACGAUCAUACCGCAAGAUCCUAUAUUAUUUUCUGGAACUUUGAGAAUGAAUCUAGAUCCUUUUAACCAACACUCCGAUGACGAAGUCUGGAGAGCAUUGGAACAUGCGCAUUUGAAAUCUUUCGUUGAAAAUUUGGCAAGUGGUCUUCUGCACGAAGUAACCGAAGGUGGGGAGAAUUUAAGUAUAGGUCAACGGCAAUUGAUAUGUUUGGCAAGAGCUUUACUUCGGAAAACAAAAGUAUUAAUUCUUGAUGAAGCGACAGCUUCAGUUGAUCUCGAAACUGAUGACUUAAUACAAACAACAAUUAGACGAGAAUUUAAAGAUUGUACGGUUCUCACGAUAGCUCACAGGUUUAAUACAAUUCUUGAUUCAGACAGGGUCAUUGUCUUGGAUAAUGGACUCAUUAUGGAAUACGAUUCUCCAGAAGUGUUACUCCGUAAUUCGGGAAGCUUAUUCUACGGUAUAGCUAAAGAUGCAGGCCUUGUAAAUUAAAUAAGAUUCGAAUCACAGAUAUGAGUAAUGCA